AUGGAGUUCAAGCCGACUGGCGCGACACGCGUCGCCAAAACAAUCAAGCGCACGCUGCCCGAGGCUGGGUACUGGAAGCGGUUCCAGUCGCAGGUGAUGGUCAAAGAGUACGGCAUGGUGACAUCGGUGGAGUUCAGCCCGAUCAAGCCGCACGAUCUGGUGGUGACGGCGUCGACACGGUUGCAGAUCUACAACGGGCGGACCGGCCAGCUGACACGGUCGGUGACGCGGUUCACAAGCCCGGCGCACAGCGGGUCGUUCCGGUCCGACGGAAAGCUGCUGGUGGCCGGCGACGACUCGAAUCUGGUCCAGGUCUUUGAUGGCAACAGCCGCGCGAUCCUGCGGACAUUCAAGGGGCACACGGAUCCGGUGCAUGUCACCAAGUUUCUGCCAAACAAGGUCAAUGUCAUGUCGGGGUCUGACGACAAGACGGUAAGGAUCUGGGACAUUCCAAGCCAGGCGGCAGUUAAUACGUUCGAGGACCACACGGAUUACGUGCGCAGCGGCGCGGUGUUUGCAGACAACCCGAACCUGGUGGCCACAGGCUCAUACGACCAUACGGUGAAGAUCUGGGACCUGCGCGCCAACCAGUGCACGACCACCAUCGAGAUCGAGGACCCCGUCGAAGACGUGCUGGUGUUCCCUGGCGGCGGCAUGCUGGCGGUGUCGGGCGGACCCAAUGUGCACAUCUACGAUAUGCUGAUGGGCGGCCGGUACAUGACCACGCUGGGCAACCAUGAGAAGACAGUGACGGCGAUGUGCCUGGACAGCUCUGGCGGGCGCCUGCUGGCCGGCUCGCUCGACCACCACGUCAAGAUCUACGACGUGCAGAACUUCAAGAUGGUGUACAACCUGAACUACCCGGCGCCGAUUCUGAGCCUGGCGCUGUCGCCCGACGACACGAUGCUGGCUGUGGGCAUGACCUCGGGCGUAUUCUCGCUGCGCCGGCGUGCUGUCACCGCCAAGGAGCAGGCGCUGAAGCAGCGCGAGCAGAAGCAGCCGCUGCCCGGCUCCAAGGCAUAUUUCCUGCGUGGGCAGUCGAACAAGGGCGCCGACGACGACCUGCGCAUCGAGCACCGGCGGCGUCGUGGAUUAGCGGAUUACGAUCAGUUCCUGCGCAAGUUCCAGUAUGCCAAGGCCCUGGACGCCGUGCUGUCCAACAACCGCGCGGGAUUGACAGUGGUGUCGCUGCUGCAAGAGCUCAUGCACCGUGACGGCCUCACGGCCGCCCUCGCUGGCCGCGACGAGCUGACGCUCGAGCCGAUUCUGCGGUUCCUGGCGAAGCACAUCGAUAACCCAAGGUACACAAAUGUGCUGGCGACCGUGGCCGAGUCGCUGUUUAGCAUCUACGGCGACCUGCUGAGCCAGUCGAGCACGCUGGCCGAGCUGCUGAUGCGCGUGCGCGCCAAGACACGCACCGAGAUCAAGCUGCACCAGGAGAUGGAGAUGCUGCUGGGCACCAUGGACAUGCUCAUGUCG